AUCAAGUAAAUGAUGAAAUCCUUUUCCCUCAUUCUUCUCCUUCCUCUUCUUCUGCUCCUCAUCUGCAAUGUCGACGCUACUUCCGGCGGUUGGAAACCGAUCGGGGACCUCCAAGACCCCCACGUCAUUGACAUCGCCAAGUUCGCCGUCGACGAGCACAACAAGGAGGCGACGAGCCAGUUGAGACUCGUCAGCGUGGUCAAGGGGGAGACUCAGGUGGUGGCAGGCAUGAAUUAUCGGAUAAUUCUGAAGGCGGGAGUUGUCGGAGCGAAGGUGAAUGUAUACGAGGCCGUGGUGUGGGAGAAGGAGUGGGAGAAGUUCCGGAAGCUCAUCUCCUUCGAUCUACGUUGGACCCAAAAUUAGGUCAUCUGGAGAUGUUGGUUAAUGUACUUUCAGCGGUCUUUGUUGUUGGUGCUUG